AUGGAUGCGAAUCCUCCUAUCAAGCCCGAGCCUUCGGAUUCCGAGGAUCGUUUCGUUAAACCGGAACCUUUGGAUGAUCCAAUGACAGCACCUCCAAUUUCUAGGGUUGCAUCAGAACAACCUUCGCACAAUGUCCUGACUAUGACUUCCGGUGCGUCUUUUUCAUCCGAUCCUUUCAGUCCCGCUCUUCAGACUGAAACAGGAAUGUCAACUUCUCCGAAUGCUCCUAUCAAGGCCGACCAGGAGAUAGAGCAAGAUAGAAACCCAAACUCUCCUGAUGUGGAAUCGAGUGGCACAAAUUAUCUCGAUCAGCUGAUCACUGUGACUGUUCCCGAAACACUAGAAUCUGGCGUGACAAUUGGUGUCGACCUCCUAGAUCAACUGAAAGUUCAUCUAAGCACUUUUAAAAAUCCCGAUGUUGAUACGUGGCUCGAUACAAUCAAUACGUUAAAAGAGAGUGCAAAGCCAACGCGCACUGUCGUAGGUGUUGUCGGCAAUACCGGCGCUGGUAAGAGCUCCGUCAUCAACGCACUUCUAGAUGAAGAACGAUUACUUCCUACAAACUGUAUUCGCGCAUGCACUGCGUCGCCGACUGAGAUUUCGUAUAAUCACUCGGAUGAUCCCUCCGAAUUAUACCGGGCUGAGAUUGAAUUCAUCACUGCUCAAGAGUGGAUUAAGGAACUCCAGAUACUAUUUAAUGAUUUGUUAGACGGCAAUGGUGCGGUUUCGCGUGACUGUUCCAACGCUGAUAGCGAGGCCGGUGUUGCUUAUGCGAAGCUAAAAGCCGUUUAUCCGCAUAAGACUAGGGAAAUGAUCGCCGAAGGGACACCACAAGAUUUUGCCAACGAACCAGCUGUUCGAGGGGUGCUCGGUAGUAUCAAGACUCUUAAAGAGAAUUCCGCGAAGAGUCUAUAUAGUCGGUUACAGCAUUAUGUCGACAGUAAGGAGAAGAUUACUGGGAAUGAGAAUAAAAAGCGAAACGUCCCUAUGGAAUAUUGGCCCUUGAUCAAAGUUGUCCGAAUUUACAUCAAGGCAAAGGCGCUGUCUACGGGAGCCGUACUGGUUGACCUACCGGGUGUACAAGAUUCCAAUGCUGCUCGAGCAGCGGUGGCGGAAAAAUACAUGAAGUCAUGUACCGGUUUGUGGAUUGUGGCACCUAUUACCCGAGCCGUUGACGAUAAGACAGCCAAGUCACUUCUCGGCGACUCUUUCAAGAGGCAAUUGAAAUACGACGGCACAUAUUCAGCUGUUACCUUUAUUUGUUCCAAGACCGAUGAUAUAUCCAUCACGGAAGCUGUAGACAGCCUUGGCCUCGAGGAAGAAAUAUCUGAGUCCUGGAGUCAAACUGAAGAAUUGACAAAUUCGAUGAAAACCUCCCAAUCUAUCUUAGAGGAAUUGACAGACAAGAAGACUGCACUUGGCGAGCAUGUCGAUGAGAUUGAAGCUAGUUUGGACAUAUGGGAGGACCUACAAAGUCAGCUUUCGAGCGGAGAGACAGUUUACGCGCCGUUCGAAAAGUCUAGGAAGAGAAAGAGGCUUUCCAAGCCCUUCCAAAGUCGCAAGAGCCGCAGCCCGUUUGGAUCUGAUAUCGAUAAUGUCGACAAUGAUGAUGGCCAGGAUGCAUACGAGUAUGACUCGAGUGAUAAGGAAAACUCGCAGUCGAUCAGCGCCGGCCAACCUCUUACCAGCGAUGAUAUUGACGAGAAACUUGCGUCACUCAGGGCACAGAAGAGAGAAAUACGUGACAAAAGGCGAGGCCUUGAUGCACAAAUUGCAGAUGCUCGCAAGCAGAUACGAGAGGCAAAAGCUGAGCGACAAGGAAUUCUUGCCGAGAUCAAGGCACGGUGUAUCCAAGGACGCAAUAAUUAUUCUCGCGGUGCAAUUAAGCAGGACUUCGCCAUGGGGAUCAAAGAACUUGAUCAAGAACACGCUGCAGAAGAAGAUGACACAACGUUCAACCCCGAUGAAGAUAUUCGCGACUAUGAUGAGGUUGCUCGUACUCUACCCGUGUUUUGUGUAAGCAGUCGUGCUUACCAGAGUCUAACUGGGAAACUCCGGAAAGAUGACUUCCAAGAUCAUGGGUUUAUGUCUCUAGAAGAUACAGAAAUCCCGCAGCUUCAGCUGCAUGCGAAGAAACUAACAGAGGAAGGACGAGCAAGUAACUGCCGUAGAUUCCUUAAUGAUCUAACCCAAUUGAUCAAUUCUAUGAAACUAUGGGCUAGUAACGAUGGAACUCAAUCUACACUGACGGAUGUGGAAAAGCGGCGCGAGGAAAUGCAUCUGCGCAAACUCUUGAAUGAUUUGGAGACCGGAUUCGAUACAUCUAUUAAGGAGGCAGUAAAAUUACUUAAAGAGUCACUUCAAGAGCAUGUUUAUUCCGUCUUCACGUCGUCUAUUCCAGGGGCUGUCUCUGCUGCCCCCAAUACCGCAAGCGGAUGGUCAGCGCCUAAACAAUUAGGCGGUAUGGUCUGGGCGACGUAUAAAGCAACCGUUCGGCGGAGUGGUGUUUAUACUGGGGCCUCGGGUCCUCGUGAUUUCAACCAAGAGUUAUUCGACCCAAUUUCUCGCAAUCUAGCAACGGGGUGGGAACGCGCAUUCCAGCGUCGGCUGCCAGCCGUUCUUGAUGAGUUUGCUUCAAAGGCAAAGAAACAACUAAAAGCGUUUCAUGAAGCUGCCGAAACCCGCGCUCGGCAACGCCAUACUAACGUAUCAGGAAUAAUUACCCUGUCCAGUCAGAUAUUGGCCCAUAUACGUACAUUAGAACAACUACCAAUUACCUUGCGAGCCGUAAUUACUGACCUUCAAAGAGAGGCUAGUCGACAAUUUACCCCUGCUAUCUGCAGUGCCAUGCAGUAUGCCUAUCAAGUUUGCACAGAGGAGCGCGGCCCCGGUUCUUAUAAUCGUAUGAAAGCAGCAAUGGCGAACCAUGUUGCAACUUCGCGUCAUACUAUGUUUAAUGAGGCCACCGACACAGUGAAAGCACAACUGGAAGCGAUGUGUCGUACUGUCCAAAAGAGCCUAAGUGACGAAAUGGAAGAUAUGUUCAGUUCUAUCUUUCGCGACUAUAUGAAGGUUCUUGUUGGCACCACAGUCGAUCGUCACGCCAAGCUGCCACCCCAAGAACUUGCCAUGCGAGCAAAUGUUAACGACUUCCUGCAGCAUUGCGACUUGAUGUUUUCAUCCGUUCUAGACGAGACAGCCGUCGAUGGACGUAUGGAAACAAAAGGCACAACACAGACGUCAGAAGAAGACCCAAUGAUAGAGGGUGAGAAUGAGUAUGGUGGGGAAGUGGCGUCCGUCAAAAUAGAAGCCCCAACUGAGACCCAAGCCUCCAUCGACGUACCUAGCGAGGCCAAUAACAACCACGCUAUACAAGAUGUAAAGUACAACUCAACGCUGGCUGAAGCUGAUGAAUUAAUGCAGCAACAAAUUCGAGCGCAAAGCCAAAGCGUCGAGUGCGAGUGA